GUCCUAUGGAUUCGAACAUACCUUGACCUUGGAGAACAUGGAGGGUGCGGGGCUCUUGCGACAACAAGGCCCAGGCAAGUCCGGCUGGGGAAGCAUCAAGCGGCAGUUCAACCUCUUUGUUGAGGACGGAACGGAUCAGGAUGUGAGCUAUGCCUACAGCGGCUAUGCUCCUCUGAGCGUUCGCUUGGUGCAGAUGACCAGGAGUCAACCAAAGGGUUGGAUCGCAGUGAAAGAUGCACUGAGUUUGCUUCACGGACCAGCACAGGAGCUUCAACAGCCCGCGGUGCGAGAGCAGGACCCAAGGAAGCCGCAGCUGGUGCUGGUCUGCUUUUUAGGAGGCGUGACCUACGGAGAGAUUGCCGCACUGCGACGCCUCGCUCAGCUGGAAGAAGGGCGGCGGAGGUUCCUGAUCGUGACCUCGGAGUACAUCAAUCCCAAGAAACUCUUCGAGUCGAUGCGCUGCGAGGCGGUGCUGAAUUUACCUCCGCUGGACGCCACCAAAACGGCCGCCAGCGGUGAGGCGCGGCGAGGCUUCGGAGGGUUCUGGCCCACCGCGAGAUGA